AGUUUUGUGAAGAAAUGCUAAAGUAUGAUAUAAAUGUGAAUUUUCAAUAAGAUUUUCAAUGUGUUUCCCAAUGUGGAUCCAAAAAGAGUACCUGGCACCAAUUCUGGCCCAGUCAAUUGUGAUCCAUGGCUUCUGUGAUAGUAUGCCGAAGAUUUCCAAGCAGGAUCGGCAGGACCUCAGCAUUCUCAAGCACAGCCAAGAACCAAACCAGGAAAAAACAGCCCACUCAAACCCCACAGGAUUCUUUUCAGAUUCCUGAAGAGAUCAACAAUAAGCCCAAAGCUGCUGUUAUUUUCAAGCUCUUGAAUCCACCAGAUUACCGCGUAGUGUACAAUCCCCUUGCUUACAAUAGUACUAAAGGAGCAGCCUGUGAGAACAGAAGCAGUAGCACUAGUCAUGGUCAACAGAGUCCUCCAGAAAAGGACAGCUCUGAUAUUUGUGAAAAGAAGAUCCAGAAUACAUAUUGUGUCCCCUCUUCUCGGGGAAUGCCAAGGAUCCGAAAGGCUUUCUUGGGUGUAGAAAUCAAUCAGACUUCUGGUUCUUGGCCUACCAGCAAACUGCAAGUAAUGAAAGGUGAUACCGAGGAAGUUGAUGUGGAAACUUUUAACACCUUUAAAGAUCCUAGAGUUUUCCUCAAGCUGAGGCCCGAGUAUCAGCACCACAGUUACAGUGUACCUGAGGCUUGCCAGACCUUGUCCAUUGAGGAGGGCGAACUGAUUUUACACAAAGUGACAGUAAUGCAAAGUAAUCUUCGGCCCCAAACCAUGGUUGACUACUUUGGCAAAUUGAGCUUAUUGCCUGUGGAGCAGCAGUCUGUACUCUUGUCCAAUAACAAGUUCACAAUGCUGUGCCAGUUAAGUCUAAACAGUAUACAACUCUUUGAUGUUUCAAACUUAAUAAGUAUUUUGAAAGCAUUUGUUCAAUUGGGGAUCCCUUGUUCCCACCCAAUGCUAGCUAUAUAUGAAGGAGAAUUUUGCCGCAGGGUAUGGAAUAUGAACCCAGAUGAGCUUUUAUUGGUGGCUGACCUGUGGAGGUGCUUAGGCUACAGUGUACCCUGCUUUUUAAAGAUAUUUUUCAGUUAUCUGAACUUGCAUUGGAAAGAUCUCUCCUUGUCCCAGCUUGUGCAUUUAAUUUAUAUUAUUGGUGAAGGUCGGCAAGUGCCUCAGGACUUAAUGCAGAAACUAGAGUCCUUAGUUCUUAAGUAUUUGGAUUUACUCAAUUUAGAAGAGACUGGCACAAUCUGUUUAGGGUUCUUCAAAUCGAGUAGUAGUCUUUCUGAGUAUGUCAUGCGCAAAAUUGGGGACAAAGUCUGUGCCCAGAUGCAGCAUUUGAGCAACUAUGCCCUAGUGAAUAUACUUAAAAUGUUUCGCUUUACUCAUGUUGAUCACAUAGAUUUUAUGAAGCAGUUUGGACAGAUUGUCCCUCAGCGUAUACCUUCCAUGGGAGUCCAGGGUGUCAUGCAUGUAACUCUUGCCUGCUCAGCUUUACGCUUUCUGGAUGAAAGGGUCCUGAAUGCUGUAGCUGCUUCAUUGCCUCCCAGGGUGGCACAUUGUCGGAGCAAAGAUAUGGCCAAAAUUUUGUGGUCUUUUGGAACUUUGAAUUAUGAGCCACCUAAUGCAGAAAACUUUUAUUCCAGCCUGAUAGAUGAGAUUCGCAGAAAGAAGCCCGAGUUUGGCAAGUUCCCUGACCACUUGUUCACCGGUUUGCUAGGCCUGGCAUUUUCUGGACGCUUUCCAGUAGAUCUUCUUGAUUUUGCCUUGAGUCCAGAAUUUAUUAGGCUAGCUCAGGGGAAAAGUAAGUUUGAGCUCACCAAAGAAUUGUAUACCCUUGAUGGCACGAUUGGGAUUGAGUGCCCAGAUUACAGAGGCAAUCGUCUAAAUGCUAAACUUCAGCAGGAGGGGGCAGCAAUGCUGUGGCAAUUAGCAAGACAAGAUAUGACCUCCAAGCCUGAAUUCCUGGAAGCUCUCUUCUUGCUUCAGACAAUUUUAGGGGGACCUCAGUACAUCAAACAUCAUAUGAUUUUGCCUCAUACACGAUCAUCUGAUUUAGAAGUUCAGCUUGAUGCUAAUAAUAAACCACUGCCUUUUAAUGAAGAAGCCAUAUCAAUAGCUGGGAUCAGCUCUCACCUGAAACGCACAGGAGUCAGUCUUACAGAUGAUUUGAUGACUCAGCUUUUAACAGGAAAAUCUAGCACACCUCUUCAGGUUAAGGCAGAGGCCAUCGAGAACCCUCCAGAGAUAGACAAGAAGCCCAGAGGAGGGGCCCCAGAAGGGACCUUUUGUUCCUUACCAGGGCCACAGGCAGGAGUGUCAAAGUUGGCCAUUCAGGUGACAAAUAGGAACCAAUAUUGCUUUGGUUCUAAGCACAUGCUUGGGCUGCACAGCAUGAAGAGGAGGCAGCUAAGAAAGCUUGGGUAUACUGUAGUAGAGCUGGCCUUCUGGGAAUGGUUUCCUAUAGUCAGACAGACACGUUCAGAAAAGCUCUUCUAUCUUCGGGAGAAAGUGUUCAACUCUGCCUUUUGAGGCCUCAGGGGAUCUGCUUGCCAUUAUUCUCCCAUGCUGAUUAGUUAGCAGGACGUUUGCUUAGCACUUUGAGAUGAUUGUGGAAGCCAAAAUAGAAGUGAGACAUUAUGGAAAACCAAGUAGCCCAGAACAGAGAGAAAGUAAUGGACUUCUCUGUCCCCUGACAAGGUUAAAAAUACAUUUACCAGAAUUAGUGUUGGUAUUACCUGAUUAUGCGGGUGGAUAUUUGUUUGAUGGUAGUACCAUUACAUUAAUAAAUGGCAUAAAGUUA